UCUUCAGCCGCCGUCCCCCGCCCUUCAAGGUGAACGACAGACUAUCGCGUGCAGUGAGCACGAACGGUCGCAGUUUUCCUACCUUUUUUUACCUGUGUGUGCCGACUCAGCCAUGGAUUAACUUUUAACAUGGACCGGAUCUCUUACUUCGAGGAGCGGCAUCAGCGCUGCUCCAACCCGGCCGCUGACGAAUCUCUCCGGCUACCUUCUGCCGGAUGCUCUAACCGGACUUUAAUUCUACCUCAGACGACUUUCGCUUGGUGGAAGCCCCUCAGGUUUAUACAACAAUUUGGACCUGGUCGGCCUCGUAUCAGGAGUUUUUAUACAAUGGUUCCUCAACUUAUGUUUAUAUUGUACAUUUCUUCAUGUUUCACGAUAACUGUUUCUUGUUCGUCGAGAUCUACACCAAAUCGUCCUCGUCCCACAACGAUUGCCACAACGCGGCCCAACAUUACCUUCCAAACUUACGCGUGCCCAGAAGCCUACGCCAAGUGGUACUGCCUAAACGGUGCCACAUGUUUCGCAGUAAAGAUCAGGGAUUCAAUUUUAUAUAACUGCGAAUGUGCGGAUGGCUAUAUGGGUCAACGAUGUGAGUUCAAAGAUUUGGACGGUUCCUAUCUCCGUAACCAGCAGAGAGAGAGAGAUUCAAACGGCGGGAAUCGCUGGUGGAGUGCUAAUAAUAGUCGCAUUCAUAGCUUUUAUCUAUCUCAUUAUUUAUCUAAUGAAGAAAUCGCGGCGGAAGUACAACGCAUACUAUCCGAAGAGCGUGGAGGAGGGGAUCAGCCACUGCCUAGUGCAACAGCAUACCCCAUCCAUGAUUCCUGAUGUGAGAACGAAAACGAAACCGUUCCAGUCAGAAUCAUCAGAGAAGAGCUCCUCGCUAUUGCCAGAGGCACUUCAAGUGGCCACCGUCAGCCAAUCACCAUACCUCGAACACUUUCAACUAAAGAAACAAGAACUUUAUUUACCACAAGUUCACUUCUGUUCAAAUAGGCAAGAACAAUAUCAUCCACAGAGGCAUUGAUUAAAUCUAUUGAUGCUAUUUGUGCCCAUUCUUGGACCAUGCUUCUUUCCAACUAGCUUAAGCUGCUUGAAUUUAUCAGUUUAACAAUAACGCUAUUAUGCAUUAGAGAGUGAAUUUAUUUAUUUUGAUUGUUGUUACUUACGGAAUAGUAUCUAUGAUACGAAAAUGUGACUGAAAUUAAAUUUUAAAAUUCGCGUUUAUAUAUAUAUAUGUGUGUGUGUGUAUCAUAUAUAUACAAAAAUUAUUACACACGCAUUAUUCCUAUUCCAUAUCUCGGUGAAUAAAAAUUUAUUUAUUACUAAGAAAUGAUUUGUAAAAAAUUAUCAUUUAUCUAAAAUUUGAAUGUUUGAAAUAAAUUAACAUUCAUAGUUUAAAUAAUACUUUGCCAAAAGUAAAAGGUUUUAGUGUUAUAUUUUAAUAGCGUUCAAACGAUUUUCAAGCAGUUUUUUGUUGGGAGGAGAAAAUCCAAGAUAGUGAUUAUUGUCUAAGUCAAGUAAAAAAAAAACAAUAGGAUUAAAAAACUUUGUAAAAAAUAUUUAAUAGUGAGUUCUGGUGGCUAGUCCUCGCUGCGGGCAGCACGGCCCUCCGACCAGUUGUUCCUUUGAUGUUGUAUUUUUUUUUUUUUUCGAAAGACUAAAAAUCUGGAUUUCAGCCAUAUGCGUCACACAAAGAUAUGAACUUUUACUGCUGAAGGAAAUGACAGUACAGAAAAUAUUUUUGUGAUGGACCUAAUUUACAGUGACGCCAUCUAUUGGCUGGAGUGAACACUACAGGGUAGAGCCAAAGUCUUAUACUGAAAUGGACAGUGAAUUUAUAUUUGUUGACAUUAUUUUUCUAAUUGCUUAUUUUUUCACAUCAAGUGCAAGUGACUAACGUUUUACGUGUGUGUGAAUGUGUGAGAGCUUGAAAUGCAUAAAGCACUGACAAAGAUAAUACGUGAAUGAAUCCUGUAUACAUUCCAGUCUUUUGUAAAAUAGUUUGAAGAUUUUAAUAUAAUUUAUCCGUUACUUUGUGAAAUAGUUUCUAUAUCUUCUGUAAUGGAUUAUAUUAAAGCACUUACUUAAGUAAA